CUAUCAUAGUCUCCCAAUUGGCCACAAAUUAGAAAAGGGACGCGUAUUUUAAGGUCCGUGUCUAUCUCUUCUUUUUUUUUUUCUCUUUCUUUUUUAUAAUAAUAAUAUGAAUUAUUCUUCUGCUGAACAUUUGUAUGGAGAUAAUGAUAGUAUAUAUUCUAAAGUUGAAUUCAGUAAACAACUUGCACAAUCCUCUUUACUAUCUGAUGAACUAAUACAACGUUCAGCAAGUCAGUUUGGAAUUAGGCCAAAUACUUUAUUAGAUCAAAAUAUAAUGGAAAACGAGAUCUAUCCGUUAUCACAGCGACGUCGACCUCUAUUGCCUCAACAACAACAACAACAACAACAACGACAACAACGGUCUCUCCGAUUACCAACAACAACAACACAAGAAGAAGAAGAAGAAGAACAAGAAGAAGGUCAUGAUAAGUGGAAACCACAAGAUUUGGAUGAACAAAGUGAACUUCAAUUCCUUGUACGACAUCUUCAACGAGAAAAUGAACAAUUAUUAAUGGCCUUACAACGUAGUCAUGAUGGAUUAAUCAAGUGUCGCCAAGAAAAAAGAUUAUUGGAAGAUAUGUUACAAGAUCAACGGAAAAUGACUUUGGAUAAAGAAUUGGAGGAUUGUAUUUCAGGAACGCCAUCCAACGAGUGGAGUAAGCAAGAAUUAUUGGCUUUAGUGGAACAGGUAGAACAACGACAAAAAAGGGAUAUACAACAUCGAAAUGAUUUACUAUUUCAAAAACAAUACUUGAUGCUUGCUAAUGCAGCACUUGAAUCAUGUGAACAAGAAUCAUUAGAUGUAUUACAACAAUUAGGUGUUACCAAGGCUGAUCCCCCACUUUCUCCAUGGUCUAAAUGUCGAGCAUGUAUGUGGACCAUCAUUGCUGUGAAACGCUUCCAAGCCGGUGUAUCAUCUUCCUUGGCAAACAGAGUCAAUCAUGACGAUCACUCUUCUUGGCAGUGAAAUAGAAUAGAAUAUCUUAUAUACCCCCCCCUAUUUAUCU